GAGUAAAACCAAAGGUAGCAAGUACAAUCUACGACCGUUUAGACGAAUUAGCAGUAAAAGAACACAACAGACUCAAGCUUGGUGGUAGGGACAGAGUGGUGCUGACAGAAAUGUAUCCUGACUGUCUGACGCGACUGUCGCCGGAUACAACAGACCAGCCGCACGUGCAUAGGGUGCUUAUGAUGGCUGACACUAAUCAUGUCCCGACGCAUUAUCAACUUCACGUAAUAAAGGAUGAUUUGAAGAAGAAUGGUACCAGUUCUUUGGAUAAUCAGUCGCUCAGAUCAGAAAUAGAAGAAGUUAUAUCAGAAAUGACCCUGCCUGAGUCAACCGUGGUAACUGGCAGCGGCAUACACGCCAUACAAGGAGCAUCAUCUGUGCAAGAAGUCAUUCAACUUUGUGAUGAUAUUGAUAUGGCUCAUUUUUUGACAUCUCGCAUUUGGCGGCAAGCUAUAACGCUUUGCACGGCAUCACGUGACCUCUGCUCUGGCAGCAUUAACGUGGUGUGCGCAAACGCAGUGCAACGUUACCUGCUGGCUGCCCUAUACAGGCUGCGGUUUGGUGAUGGUUUUUACGAACACAUUUUGAGGUUAUUGGCUAAUGAGUACACGGGAAAAAGUGAUGUAUAACAGAUUUUUCUAAGGGCAGAGACGCAGAGAUGCAGAAAUUACUUGACACACAAACUAUUUGAUUGAAACAUUUAAACUAUAAAGGAAGCCUUAUAAUUUUACGUUUCAGUGUUAAUAGUGAUAGACUAGUCGUAGGAGUCACUUCUGUCCAACCGAUAUUUUGCUACUGGUGUGACCCUGCAGAGUUAUAUUAAUUAGCACAAAGACAAGAUACAUUGGUGCCUUUAUACAACAACAGUUAUUUGUUAUGUAAGGCUACAAAGUUGUUGUUUGACGCGAGUGCUUGUAUUGAAACCUGAGCAAGCAACGGGGGCUAAGAUUGAACCACGAGCGAAGUGAGUGGUUCAAAAAUAGAAUCCAGAGCGUAACGAGGGUUUCAAGUCACGAGACGCAAAAUAACUUUGCUGCCGAGCGAAAGACAACUUUUCACCUCACUUUAGAUAGGAAAAUGGUAGAUGAAAGAAAAACAG